CAGCACUGCCGUGCCCGUCAGGGUGACCCAGAGGCCCCAGGACCAAGAGCCAAAUGCCAGCGAGGUGUCACACAAUGGAAGUGUGCAGGAUGUCAAAUUGUAUAACCCACUUGGAGAAGAUGUGAGAAGAGCCAAAGCAAAUGCUUCAUGUCCUGCCCCUGGGAAAAGGAGAACAAAGCCCAUGAAGCCUGCAGAGAGUGAACAGAAUCCUUGCAGUGCUGUUUAUCACCGGCCCUUCAGGGACAGGGUGAUUCAUUUACUUGCUCUGAGGACUUACAAGAAGCCAGAGUUACUUGCUCGCUUGCAGAGAGAUGGAGUCAUGCAAAAGGACAAGGGCACCCUUGGGAAGAUCCUUCAGCAGGUAGCCAAGUGGAAUCCAAAGGAGAAUUCCUUCAGUCUGAAGGAACAUCUAUUUCACACCCUUCAGACUGAUUGGCCUGGCUACACUGACAUAGACAGAGAGAAUUUGAAGCUAAUACUUUCUGGAAAAUCAUCUCCAUCUCAGAACACCACUAACACCAGCCAAGUGACAUCUUCGGGACCUUCUGAGAGAGACACUCCAGCAAGACCUGCUCAGAAACGGCCUCUGGCUUCCGACUUGACCAGUCCUGUGACGAGCAAGAAGAGGAGAAUUGGUCACCAGCCCAGUCAUGUCCAGGCAGCAGCUGGUGGCCACUUUUCUUCCUUCCUUUUGCCUUCCACAUCUCUUUAUUCUUUGGACAUGUCUCCAAGAGUUGUCUCCGUUUCCCCCUGCACCCAUAUAGUACAACAAACGGAGAAAUUUCAUCUUUCUACCAUCCCAGCACCUGCCAGGGAGGAAAAGGAGAUCCCCAAUUCAAAUGGGAAAACAAAUGAACUGGGGAGGCUGAAGCAGUUGCAGCCCUUGGAUUUCGAUGAAGGAGCAAGAACAGAUCCUUCCAUUGCCUCCACAUGCUCUGCAACAAGCAACCAAGCAGACUACUUGAGAAAAUAUGGAGCCAUUGUGUCCUUGGAGCAACGCCAGCGCUACAAGGAUGACUUCAAUGCAGAGUAUGAGGAAUAUCGGAAUUUAUAUUUUAAGAUUGACAAGAUCAUCAAGAAAUUCAGACAAUUUCAGGAGCAAUGGAAGUCUCUGACUCCAGGCUCCAAAGCCCAUCAGUUGCUGUGUCAGCGCAUCCUAGCAGAUUAUCAGCAGUUACAACAGGGUAGCCCCAGCUACUCUGAAAUGAGGAGCAGGUGCCAGUACCUCCACAAGAAGCUGGCCCAUAUUCAGAGCUGCAUUUCUGAAUUUGACCAGCAGUGAGUGGAGUACUGGCACCAGACAUCUGUUUCAGCAAGGGAACAUCUGUGAACUCAAGAUUUUUGAUUUGAACGGAAGAUUAGGUUUUUUAGGAUUUCUGAAAUUAGUACAGAAGAGUAGGUUAUGUUAGUACUGAGCAGUAGAUGAUUUCUUAUAAAUGUAGGAUUAGUUCAAAGAAUGUAGGAAGUUUAAGUUGAAGUUGAAACAUGAUUGUAUUGAAUUUUAACAAUAAAGAAAUGUCACUAUUGGUAA